AUGAUAGGGAUGUUAAAGGUCCAGUUUAGUCCGAUUCCGUCCGAAAAACUAGACGGGACUACCAAAGAAUUGGACUGGACAGUACUGCAGGUCACUAAACUUCAUAAACUUAGUAUGGACUUUGCAUCACAUGAUAGUCGCGGACUGGUGCUCUUGUUUUACUUAUAUCACGUGGAAAAUUCGGAUGGACAUGCUUUUUGA